CUGUCGUCGGGUGCAUUCACCCUCAAUCGCCUGAAGUCGGAUUCUCAUAAAUUCGCUCCCGUCGCGGCUGAGGAGCUUCUCCCGGCGAGAAGGAGUGGCUGUGCGACGGGACUGGUUCACAACGAGGGACGGGCUCGCGGCGUUGCUGCUGGUCACGGACUGAGAAAGGCUCACGGAGGAGAGUUCGCGUCGGAGGCAUGGGCUCGUCGGACGUUGGUCCCGUCGCUGGAAAAUCUGGUGGACGUCGGCAUUCUCGUCAUCGGCGUGGUUUCAAUCGCGGGAUGCUCGAAUCGCCAUGAAGGGCGGGAUGAUAUUCUCAUAAAUUCGCUCCCGUCGCGGCUGAGGAGCUUCUCCCGGCGAGGAGGAGUGGCUAUGCGACGGGACUGGUUCACGGCGAGGGACGGGCUCGCGGCGUUGCUGCUGGUCACGGACUGA